CCGUCACCGUCUUUUUCCUUAUUUUAUUUUAUUUUCUUCUCGGCCCCUUUUUUUUAUCUGUUUCCGGCUACCAUCAUUGGGUUUGCCGGAUCCAUAACCCUACAGCUGUCCUUUACAAAUUUAGAGGGUAAAUCUUUGUUGCCUGUAUCUAACGGGAAAACUAAUUAUAAUUUUGCUGUGAGAAGUUGAAAUAUAACGCAAUUGAAUUGAUCAACAAGAUCCAAAUCUUGAUCGGGUCGAUUUAGAGGUAUUUUCGAAGCAGGCAUCGGAGAAUGAUUCGUAUUUUAGUGUAUGUGCAAGUUAGGGCGUGAAAGAAUAUGUCUGGAGGCGAUCACAGUGAUCACGCUAUCCUGUUGCGGUCGAAUUCGUCGUCUUCAGACAAAGAUUUGGAAGGGCAGGUGUCAUCUGGAAGAAGUACAAAAAGCAUCAAAGAUCUAUGGAAUAGACUGGAUCGAGCGUUUUCCGGUCGACGACUUAGUAUCAAGCGGCGGUCACCUAGGGCACGACGGUCAGUUAGAGAUCAUAUUUCCCCGAGAAGAGGCGGGGAAAAUGGUGGUGGUGGUGGUGAUGAUGAGAUUCUUGGAGACGGUGCUCCUCCUGAAUGGGCAUUACUGCUUAUUGGAUGUCUGCUUGGGCUUGCGACCGGUCUCUGUGUGGCUGGCUUUAAUCGUGGGGUACAUGUAAUACAUGGAUGGGCUUGGGCUGGGACUCCAAAUGAAGGUGCUGCUUGGCUGCGGUUACAGAGGCUGGCGGACACGUGGCAUAGGAUACUUCUGAUACCAGUGACGGGAGGAGUGAUUGUUGGGAUGCUGCAUGGUUUGCUUGAGAUACUGGAGCAGAUAAAAAAGCAGUCAAGUCCUGGAAUAAACGGUUUGAAUUUCCUAUCUGGAUUCUUUCCAAUAGUGAAGGCUAUCCAAGCGGCUGUAACCUUAGGGACGGGGUGUUCUUUGGGGCCUGAAGGCCCAAGUGUAGAUAUUGGAAAAUCAUGUGCCAAUGGAUGCUCUCUAAUGAUGGAAAGCAACAAGGAACGCAGGAUAGCUCUUGUUGCAGCUGGUGCGGCUGCUGGCAUAGCUGCAGGUUUCAAUGCAGCGGUUGCCGGUUCUUUCUUUGCCAUUGAGACUGUUUUAAGACCUCUUCGCGCUGAAAACUCUCCUCCAUUCACAACUGCAAUGAUCAUCCUGGCCUCUGUUAUCUCUUCCACUGUUUCAAAUGCUGUGCUUGGAGAGAAACAGGCCUUCACGGUGCCCACGUAUGAUUUGAAAUCUGCUGCAGAGCUGCCUCUGUACUUGAUUCUAGGCAUGCUAUGUGGAGUGGUUAGUGUACUGUUUACCCGUUUGGUGGCUUGGUUCAACAAGGCAUUUGAAUAUAUCCAAGAAAGGUUUGGGCUCCCGGCUAUUGUGUCUCCGGCUUUAGGUGGUUUAGGAGCAGGGAUAAUAGCACUCAAGUAUCCAGGAGUCCUUUACUGGGGCUUCACCAAUGUCGAUGAAAUUUUACAUACCGGGAAGAUUGCUUCAGCCCCUGGAAUAUGGCUGCUAGCACAGUUGGCUGCAGCAAAAGUUGUGGCCACAGCUCUAUGCAAAGGUUCAGGGCUUGUUGGUGGCUUGUAUGCUCCAAGUUUGAUGAUAGGUGCAGCCGUGGGUGCUGUGUUUGGAGGCUCAGCAGGAGAAUUGAUCAAUUCCGCCAUUCCAGGGAACACUGCCAUUGCCGAGCCACAAGCAUAUGCACUGGUUGGAAUGGCUGCAACCUUGGCUUCAGUUUGUUCUGUGCCUUUGACUUCGGUUUUACUUCUCUUUGAGCUCACAAAGGAUUAUAGAAUCUUGCUUCCGCUCAUGGGGGCUGUUGGGUUAGCAAUAUGGGUACCAUCUGUGGCAAACCAGUCCAAGGAGGGUGAAAGAGGAGGAGGUUAUGCCAUGCUUUCACCAGUUGAUAAAUUUGAAAAUUGGAGACAGACUGGUGACUCGGAUGAUUUGGAACUUUGCAUCAUGGGGCCUGAUGAGAACCAUGAAGCGAUCGAUGAAGAUAUCAUUCUUGAGGAUUUGAAGGUUUCGCAGGCUAUGUCGAGCAACUACCUGAAAGUCCAGUUAUCCUCGACUAUUAAAGAGGCUGUACAAUGCAUGGACAAUGGGCAACAGAGUUGUGUGCUGGUUGUAGACAACAACAACCACCCUGAAGAAGAGCAUUUAGAAGGGAUUUUGACCUACGGUGACAUCAAACGUGGCCUCAUGAGGAACUAUGAUGAAGCUUCCGAGGGUGGCUCGUCAACUCCAGAUUUCAGCGAGUGUGCUGUUUCUGGUGUGUGUACGAGAGGGAUAAGCUAUCGUGGGAGAAAGCGUGGACUGGUAACGUGCUAUCCUGAUACGGAUUUGGCAAUGGCUAAAAAGCUAAUGGAGGCCAAAGAAAUAAAGCAAUUGCCUGUGGUGCAGCAGCGUGCCUUUGCUUCUUUUGAUCUUCAACAACACAGAAAGCCCCGGAUUGUUGCUAUUCUUUAUUACCAUUCUGUCUGGAACUGUCUCAGAGAGGAGAUAAAUCGCAGGGGGCAUGAGUAUCUGCCAAGGUCAGAAGAAGACCAUAUUCAUAUUCAAGACAAGACUUCCAAUGGCCAUUAACUGUCUGCCUGCUAACACUGGAUGAGCUUUUAAGUUGAUACAUCAAAAAAAAAGAGUUUUCAUCAUAAUGGCACACUUUUCAGUUUUGAAGGUGGAGAUGAGAUUUCAUAUAUCCCAAAUACGUAGGAUUAAUCAAGAUGUUAUAUUAUACAUGUAAUAUACCAAUAUGAUGAUUUUUAACCCUAGUUGUAGUAGUAAAGGCCUAUUGGGAAAAUUUGGAG